AUGUCAGAGCACGUCAGGAUACGUUACUUGAGGCUCAAUCAGGUCUGCAAGAAGGCGCUCCAACAAUCUGUCAACAAAGUUCACAACUGGGACAAAAUAGUAUCUUGUUUUCCACAGUAUGCCACGGUAGACGAGGGGGCAACGAACCUGGCGAACUGCCAGCGCCAAGUGGUAGAAUUUUGGAUGGAACUGUCUAAGCGAGAGUUUGAGGAAAUAUUCAAAGAAAGAGAUAUUGAAAACAAGCUAAAUGAACUCGAUGACCUUAUUUCGCGGGCGAAAACAAUACAGAGGUCGAUGUGCGAUGAGGGCAGUACGAGAGAGUGCAUUGAUGAGCUCUCACCAGAACAGCUCAUCAGCGGCAACAUGCACGAUACCCGCGUAAACUUGAUGAACCAGCUAGAUGAGAGGCUGGACAAAAUGACCAAUUUAAACAUACAGCUCGAGGAGCAGUUGCAGCAGCUCCAAGCUGAACUUGAGCUAGAAACCGGCGAUAUUCAUGAACUGUACGACAGGCAUCUCGGCGAAGAUAGCAGCCUACAGGACGAGGCACUACAGCAAGGCUUGAAAAACAUGCUGCUCGACAUGCGAAAGGAAGAGCCUUUCGACUAA